AGUAAAGAGGAAGUUAUUAAGACGAGUAAUAUCUCAUAAUAAACCGUCAGUAAAAAUGGCUACCUCUGACCAACAAUGUUUGGAUUUAAAGGAUACUUUUGGAUCAAAAUGCCAUGAAGAACGAAAGAAUUCGAGACUCGGAAAAAGAACAGAAGAAGAAAUAAGAGAGGAGCAUCGGACUUUGAGGGUGUUACACAAACUCGAGGGACUCGAGGAACAUCAAAACCAGCUUUUCAAGGUCGUAACAUCAAUAGAACGCGUAGUAUGCAGAACAACGUCAGAGGAGGGUCAAGAGAUUGAUAAUCAUUCCCACGACCAGAGUCAAACAAGUCAUCUUAGUGUCGACGCAAACAGCCUUACACAGGAACAGAUAUCCCUCCAGCUAGAUGAGAAGAAUCAAAAGAUUGAAAACUUGAAUGAAACAGUUGAAGAACAUAAAGGGCAAAUAGUCGUUUUGAAAGGUGAAGUCAAACAGCUCUCGGAAGAAAGGGAUCAGUUAAGUGGAGAUAGUGAGACAAACAAGGCAAGGAUAGAAGAACUUCAAACGAAGGUUACAGUCAAAACUGAAAAGAUAAAAGAAAUCAAAAAAGAAAAGAGUGCCUUAAUAAAAAGUAUUGAGGAAAAUCACGGUGCUGUAAAACAGCUUACGAUACAACUGAAUUAUAAGACUAAUUUGGCACAGCUACAAUGGGAAUUGCAUAAGCUGAGUGACACAGCCGAGCAGAACAGUAUUCUAAAAGAAAGAUGUUCAAUUGUGGUGGAAGAGCUAGCGAAAAAAGAUGUUGAAAUAGAAGAUUUAAAAAGAGAAAGGGAAGAUGUAUAUGCCGAGAUGAACGCACAAAGAAUUGGUCGAGAAGAUCAUUCCAAGGAGCUGCAACAGAAAACAGACGAAAAUGGCAUUCUACGGAACCAACUGUCCGAAAAAGAAACCAGAACAAAAGUCGAACUUGAAGAAGCAUCAUGUGAAAUGGCUAAAGUCCUUGAAAAAUUGGCUAGUGCAGAGUCUGCAUUAUUGGCGGGAGCUGAAGCAUCCAAAAUCACUGCAAAAAAACAAGAAGAGUUAGAUUUAGCAAAAAAGGAAAUCGAGCAACUCAGAAAAGCAAUCAAACGAGAAGAUGAUGAGAAGGAAAAAAAGACAGUCGAGCUAGACGAAACAUCAUUGGAAAUAACUUCCCUUGAUCCUCAACCGGAACAGUCUUCGUAAGAUGCAGGGAAGGAGUUUAUCAACUGGACAGGGUUUUGCAAAAUGGGCUGUCUCUUGCACGAAGGCUCCCACGAGGAGUUUGCCUCGAAUUUAAUAGCGUUUUAUUUUAUUACUUUAAAACGUUUCGAGUACGGGUCAAUGACGUCAUUUCAAUGUUCAGUGUGAUAUGCCCCGUUAUGGUUAAUGGAACCAUUAGAAAAAGCUUAUUUGUGAAUAUCAGUUAUUUUACAACCCUUUUGUAUAUACUGAUUAUCCAGAAUUGUACUUUGGUCUUAAUUGGUUAAAUUUGUUACUCUACUUUUUGAUUUUGAAUUUCACUUGAUGUCCGUUCGUUGUUGAUCACAUCCUUGUAACACCCUCUUUAUCAAAAAAAAUCUUGAAAAACGCCAGGCAUUUUCGUUUAUUAAGCCGUCCUGGAAAACCCAAGUUGAUUUCCACAUGCAAGGUAAGUCGCUUGCGACAACGCACCAAUUCUUAUCAAUUUAUUGUGUUGUUUAUCUUAUUAAAAACUAGGGGUUGAUGUCAUUAUCGGGUAUGAACGCAAUUGGGCUGGUCAAAGUGUGUGGAGGCCUUUCAGUAAUCCUUUCUUACCCAUUCUGUAAAUAGAACGACCCGACUGAAACUGGAAACAUUUUUUUUCAAAUGACGUCACCAUAACGCGGGAAAAGAUCAACCACUUGAAAUCACUUUUAAACGUAAAAGUGAAACACUUAUGGCAAUAAUACAUUUAAAUAUAAUAAAUUAACACUUUCUAAAAUGUUGAUUUAUAUUAUACGGUACCUUCUGACACAAUGCAAACAAUAACAAGAUCAAUAGUUUUCAUGUAGAUUGUUAUGCGAUGAAUUGCGAUCCGAACAUAUCCGAAGAUGUUGGGUUCAUCGAUUGAUAAACGCAAUUGCCGAAAGGCAGUUCAUUUAAGGAAUGGAAGUUGAGGUGUAAAUAUUUAAGGAAUGAAUCGCGGGCUUGAUGUCAUUAUCGGGGUAUGAACGCAUUUGGGCUGGUCUAAGUGUGUGGAGUCCGAAGGACUCCUCGCGUACUUUGACCAGCCCAAUUGCGCUCAUAUCACCGAUAAUGACAUCAAGCCCGCAAUUCGUUACUUAUAUUUACACCAGUAUUUCAUUAUUUCAUUAAAAAGUUAUAAUAAAUACUUCAUUUCAUUUAAGAAAACAUUUCAAUCAUCCUUUCUUACCCAUUCUGUAAAUAGAACGACCCGACUGUAACCGGAAACAUUUUUUUCAAAUGACGUCACAAUAACGCGGGAAUAUAUCAACCACUUGAAGUCACUUUUAGACGUAAAAUUUAAACACGCUUGGCAACAAUACGUUUAAAAUGUAAUGAAUUAACACUUUCUAAAUGUUGAUUUAUAUUUUACGGGACCUGCUGACACAAUACAAACAAUAAAAGAUCAAUAGUUUUCAUGUAUAUUGUAAUGCGAUGAAUUGCGAUCCGAACAUAUCCGAAGAUGUUGCGUUCAUCGAUUGAUAAAGCAAUUGCCGAAAGGCAGUUCAUUUAAGGAAUUAAAAUUGAGGUGUAAAUAUUGAUAUUUUAGCAACGGAUAUUUUACAAACUUUAAUCGUUACAUUUUGCGAACCAGCAUUUGCGGAACUUCAUAUAUGUGAAUGACAAUGACAUCCAUUUGACGUCGUGUUACUUUGAAAAUAACGUUAUUGAUACCAAAAGUAUAUAUCUGUUAACGUACAGUUUAGUGCCGAUAUUACAUUUAUAUUGAAGGCGGCGAUUGUAACGACAACUGACGUAACAGUGAAAAAUGUCAUAUACGGUUGCGGAGGAUACAGUAAUAGUGCAUAUCAAGAAAUUGGCGUCCGUUGCGUAAGUUAAAGAUACAGCACAGAUUGUGGCGACGGCGCUUAUUUGCGGAGGCUGUAGUAGCAUAAUCGAUCGUGUAGACAGCGUUGAGUGUUGAGUCUAAAGUAGCAGUGCCAAUCGUGGUGACGGCAUUGUGUGUGGAGGCUGAAGUAGCAGUGCCGAUCGUGGUGACCGACUUGUGUGUGGAGGCUGAAGUAGCAGUGGCAAUCAGGGUGACGGCGAUGUUUGUGCAGGCUAAAGUAGCAGCGCCAAUCGUGGUGACGGCGUUGUUCGUGGAUCUCGAAGUAGUAGCGCCAAUCACGGUGACUGCGCUGUGUGUGUAGUCUAGAGUAGCAGUGCCGAUCGUGGUGACGGCGUUGUGUGUGGAGGCUGAAGUAGCAGCGCCGAUCUUAGUGACGGCGUUGUGUGUGCAAGCUGAAGUAGCAGCGCCGAUCGUGGUAACUGCGUUGAGUGCGAUGGUUGUAGUAGCAGCACCGAUCGUGGUGACGGCGUUGUGUGUGGAGGCUGAGGUAGCACUGUGAAUCGUGGUGAUGGCGUUGUGUGUGGAGGCUGAUGUAGCACCGUCAAUCGUGGUGACGGUGUGGAGGCUGAGGUAGCACCGUCAAUCGUGGUAACGGCGUUGAGUGCGAUGGUUGAAGUAGCAGCGCCGAUCGUGGUUACGGCUUUGUGUGUGGAGGCAGAGUAAGCAGCGCCCAUCUUGGUGACGGCGUUGUGUGUGCAGGCUGAAGUAGCAGCGCCGAUCGUGGUGACGGCGUUGGGUGCAAUGGCUGAAGUAGAUGCGCCGAUCGUGGUGACGUCGUUGUGUGUGGAGGCUGAAGUAGCAGCGCCGAUCGUUGUGACGGCGUUGUGUGUGGAGGCUGAGUAAGCAGCGUCCAUCUUGGUGACGGCGUUGUGUGUGCAGGCUGAAGUAGCAGCGCAGUACGUGGUGACGGCGUUGUGUGUGCAGGCUGAAGUAGCAGCGCCGAUCGUGGUGACGUCGUUGUGUGUGUAGGCUGAAGUAGCAGCGCCGAUCGUGGUGACGGCGUUGUGUGUGCAGGCUGAAGUAGCAGCGCCGAUCUUGGUGACGACGUUGUGUUUGGUGGCUAAAAAUGGCAGCGCCGAUCAUUGCGACGGCGUUGGUUGCGUGGUCUGAUUGAACAGCAUUGAUAGUGUUAUUAGACAGAGUUUAUGUCGGACUCCAAGGUGUCAAUAUUAUAUCUAUUUUGUAAGCUUGUUUCUUCUUCGCAUUGACGAAACAUUACGCACGCCGUAAUAUGUAUAUCGUUUUCUGACGUAGUAGCGACACUAACAGUGACAGAGUAAUAAUUACGCUUAAGGCGUUUAGGUGACAUUGUUUCUUAUCACUAACGUAUCAAAAAGACGGUUCUUUUUACCGUAACAGCCAAGUUAACGUAACGCUUACAUGUGUACCGCGUAAAAGACGCUAACGAAAAUAGAUUUUGUUUAAUGCUGUAUUUAGUGUUGUGACUAGAAAAAUGGAAACCAUUUUAACACUGUCCAUUUUAGGUCAGCUCGUAAAUAAUUAUGAUACAGUGAGCUCUAUGCAGUCUCAAGAAAUAUAUAAAAAACAAAAUGUUGAAUGCAUCAAUUUUACAAUAAACUCAUUACUUUGAUUACUUAUACAAUAUACACUAGCGGUUGAACGAGUUCAAUAAAAACAUUACACUCAUAAACCAUGCAUAUUUAUUCAUAUUUUGGAAAACUUUAACUUUAUUAAAAUGACUUACAUAACAAUAUGUAUAUUUCAAUAGUUCUAUUACUUAGAUCUUUGUUAAGAAAUUAACUAAGCGUAUAAAAUAUAGCAAUUAUGCAACGUUGAGUUUCAUUCGAUAAGUAUCAAAUAUAUACAGUCGAAAUUUGUUAUGUCGACUUUUUUUGGACCUACGAGAUAAAAAAAGACAUAAAAGAAUAUUGAUACAUUUACGACGAUUUCGUUUAUCUUACCGUGCUUCCGUGUCAAUGAUUUCAUUCACAAAACCCUUAAAUGUGUAAAAACCUUACAUGUAACCACUUAUCACUGGAUGAAAUACUUACGAAAAAACAACAGAAACAAGCUCAGUAGCCAAAAGUUUAAACAUAAACCCCCCACACAAAUAGGGUAAACGCCAAAGACAUAUAACACAAAAAAUCACAAACAAGAAACAUGGAACAACAGCACAAACUCUUAAAACAACACAGAUGCAUAUGAACUACAUAAAACACUAGGAAUGUUUAUCAAGGAGAGUUCGGUACCGCCUUGGAAUGGUCAGUAAAAUGUAAAUUACUGGGGGUUUACACCAGUUUUCAUGCACAAACCUCACUCUUAUCCCAACAAUCCUGAAUAAAGAAAUGUUCUUCGGCUCGAAAGAGACAGUCAUUAUUGAUAACUGAAUGAGGGAACAUUGGAUUGUAAAGCCAAACAUAUGUGUAUGACAAAGUGAGCAUUUGAACAUAUCAUAUUCAUUAUAAUAUUGAGGCAUUGCAGACAAUGUGUUGCAUAGAAAUAAAAACAUACUUAAGCAUUUCAAAUGUCAUUCAUAUGUAUCUAUGAUCAUGUAUUUCAUGUUUGUUGUUAUUUUGAUCUUUUGGUUUUGGGUUUCGCCACAAACGCUAUGAAAAAUACAUGUAUUGUAAAAAAAAUAGUAUGAGUAUGAAAUCCUUUUUUUCGCACCACCCGUCCAACAUUUUUUUCAAAAAAAUCCGUUAACCAAUUAAUAAAAAAUGGCCUUAUGUUUGGUGCUUUUAAUGACUACUUUUAGUUUAUGUUUUCACAGAUGUUCAAUUGUGGAGGAAGAGCUAGCAAAAAAAGAUGUUGAAAUAGAAGAUUUAAAAAGAGAAAGGGAAGAUGUAUAUGCCGAGAUGAACGCACAAAGAAUUGGUCGAGAAGAUCAUUCCAAGGAGCUGCAACAGAAAACAGACGAAAAUGGCAUUCUACGGAACCAACUGUCCGAAAAAGAAACAAGAACAUAAGUCGAACUUGACGAAGCAUCAUGUGAAAUGGCUAAAGUCCUUGAAAAAUUGGCUAGUGCAGAGUCUGCAUUAUUGGCGGGAGCUGAAGCAUCCAAAAUCACUGCAAAAACAAGAAGAGUUAGAUUUAGCAAAAAAGGAAAUCGAGCAACUCGGAAAAGCAAUCAAACGAGAAGAGGAUGAGAAGGAAAAAAAGACAGUCGAGCUAGACGAAACAUCAUUGGAAAUAACUUCCCUUGAUCCUCAACCGGAACAGUCUUCGUAAGAUGCAGGGAAGGAGUUUAUCAACUGGACAGGGAUUUGCAAAAAGGGCUGUCUCUUGCACGAAGGCUCCCACGAGGAGUUUGCCUCGAAUUUAAUAGCGAUUUAUUAUAUUACUUUUAAAACGUUUCGAGUACGGGUCAAUGACGUCAUUUCAAUGUUCAGUGUGAUAUGCCCCGUUAUGGUUAAUGGAACCAUUAGAAAAAGCUUAUUUGUGAAUAUCAGUCAUUUUACAAGCCUUUUGUAUAUACUGAUUAUCCAGAAUUGUACUUUGGUCUUAAUUGGUUAAAUUUGUUACUCUACGUUUUGAUUAUGAAUUUCACUUGAUGUCCGUUCGUUGUUGAUCACAUCCUUGUAACUCCCUCUUUAUCAAAAAUAAAAUCUUGAAAAACG